CUCGACAAGCUCCAUCUUCAACUUGACAAUAUUUUGCAGCUAAACUCAGAUCAUCCAUGAAGACACGUUCAAAUUCUUGUCCAUGAUAUUGUGUACACUUCACUGAAACGACUGCCGUUUGGAAAGGCUAGGAAUUUGCAGAGGAGAAUACAGCUGCUGCACGUUUCCUCUUCAUUUCUGACUUCUUCCCACUCCGACGGUUCCCUACUCGCUUCUCGGCUAACUCGUUGGAAGUGGAUUUCCUUGUCCGUCUGAAGUGGAUUCCGGCAUCGGUUGGACUGAAAUCUGCAGAAACGGGGAGCGCGUAUACCUGGGAGUCGUCCUCUUCAUCGGUCAGUUCCUCGACGGCGGAUCGUCUCAGCCUUUCCGUCAAUCUCUCUAAGAAAAAACUCAAUUCUCUUGCUGCUGCAGCGCCUACGGGGGACAAUGCACGGCCGCCCUCGUAAGCCUUUGAAACCAGUAGACGAAGCCGCUGUAGCUGCCAAGGCUGAGAAGCUUCGCGCUCUCCAAUCUGAGUUCCUUUCCAAUCACCAGAACAAAAUUUACAGUAAGGAAGCUGUAGAGUUGAGCGCCAAGCUGCUGGAGAUCAAUCCGGAGCUGUACACUGCUUGGAACUACAGGAAGCUUGCUGUUCAGCAGAAUCUCGCACAGUGCGAAUCGGAUCCAGAAUCUGUUAAUUCGAUUCUCAAUGAAGAACUUAAAGUGGUGGAGAAUGCAUUGAGGCAAAAUUUCAAGUCGUAUGGAGCUUGGCACCAUAGGAAAUGGGUACUGGAGAAAGGGCAUUCCUCCAUGGAUAAGGAGUUGGGACUUUUGGACAAGUUCCAAGCCAUGGAUGCGCGGAAUUUUCAUGCCUGGAAUUACCGCAGAUUUGUGGCAGCAUUGAUGAAACGAUCAGACGAGGAUGAACUAGAGCACACCCAGAAUAUGAUUGACAAAAACCUGAGUAACUAUUCUGCAUGGCACAAUCGCAGUGUGCUUCUGUCAAAUUUGAUGAAGAAGGCGGCUCCAGGAUUUACUAACAAAGAUGAGGUUUUAACAAGGGAGUAUGAAUUGGUGCGUGAGGCUCUUUUCACUGAUGAAGAUGACCAAAGUGGCUGGUUCUAUCAUCUUUGGCUUCUUGAUCAAACUGUCAGAUCUGAGUUCCCUCUGCUUGUUUCUUCAUGGCCGGUCGAAGGUUCUGAUAUUUCUCUGCCAGCAGCUGAUUACCUGGAUGGUUGUGCUUCUAUGAAUGUGUUCCAUUACAGUUCCAGAAAUUUUCCUCUCGUUCUUUACUUCAACCAAUAUGUCAGAGGUGUCAAUUCAUCUACUGUCAGUGUUUCGUGUGGGUUUAACCUAAACGCUGAUCUUAUUUGGAGACCUCUUUCUUCAAAUGACUCUCAAAGUGCAAAAGUUUGGGCUACACAUUUAGCCAUCCCUGAUGCAGAACUUCAUUCUUCAGAAGCUUACCAGGUGGAGGUUAAAGUUGGAUUUUCACUGGGAAUUGUUUCAACUACUGGUGUAGCAUAUAGCCAUCCUUCUCAGAUUUCAUUUCAGCUGCACUUACAAAAGGCCCCACUUGAAUCUGGACAAGACUCAAGGUUUGGGAGAAUUCAGUGGAAAGAUGAUUGUUUUGCUGUUUAUGAACCUGGUUCUGUAGAACCUGAUUUGGUUAACCUUCUUGACAAUCUAACAAUCAAGAAUGAGGUAGAGUCAACAGCUUCAACCUGGCAAGCGAGAAUCAUUGAUGACGAGACUAAUAUUUUUCGUGACUUAUUGGACUGCAAAAUUGGGAAGCUGACAGUGGCCAGGCUGUUGACUUCUUACAAUUCAUUGAGACCUUUGGAUAAACCAGUCCAUUGUAAGGAAGUUUUAGAGCUAUACAGUGAGCUAAUGAAGUUGGACCCUUCUCACUAUCGAUAUUACAAAGAUAAUCACAGCUUGGUUUUAUUGCAACAGGUGACUUCUAGUAAGGAGUCUUUGCUGAGUCGUUGUUUUCACUAUAGGGACUCAACUCUGUCAACCAAUGGUGGUCCCUUGUGUUUGCGACUAAACAACUUAGCAAUUUCACAAUUGGGAUCGUUUGAGAAGUUGCUAUGGGUUCAAAUGUUGGACCUCAGCAACAAUGAACUUCAAUCGAUUGAAGGAUUGGAGGCUCUGCAACUUCUCUCGCAAUUGUGUUUGAGUAAUAACAAAUUCAGGAGUUUUACUGCUUUGGAGUCUUUGAGAUGUUUGAAAUCACUGAAAGUGUUGGAUAUUUCGCAAAACGAAAUAGGUUCUCAUUCCAUCGACACCACCAGAUAUCUAUUCCAUUCUCCAUUGUCCCAUUCAGUAGGAAGUUGCGACUGGAAUAUCAAUUAUCUCAGUUCAAAAACAUACUGGGAAGCUUUUUUCGUUCUCAAAGACAUGGGGCUGACUCAGUUGGACGUGGCUGGGAAUGCAAUCACCAGUCAGAGUUUUAAUGUGUUUCUGGAAAAGCUCCUGCCUACUCUCAAGUGGCUGGAUGGUGUAGAAGUAAACUAACUUUCAUCUUGAUCGGAGAGCUUUUCAAUCAUGCUUCCAUCACCAGAAUUUGUGUACCCAAGUUAUGUUUUGUGACACGCAACUAUUUCUAUACCCGAGAUGUAUUUUGAUGAAACUCGUGACAGUAAAUUUCCAUCUUGUCUGAUCCUAUUAUUUCUGAGAAGGGAUGGGUAAGUAGGUGAAUGCAAUUUUCCUUUGGUAAAUGAGCUUUCUUUAACCCUGUUAUAUUGGUUCUACUAACUUGGUAUGGAUUCAUUGAUUUGAGAAACAAGUAUGCCUUGCAAUCACACGCCAUGGGAGAUCUCAGAUGGAAACAUGUAUGAAGCCUAAAUACUGAUGUUGCUGCUUCUCUGUAAUUAGCAUGCAUUUCCUAUUUCCAGGUCUUGACAUUGCAAGCUGACCCGUAUUUCACACAGGCGAGCGAGUUUACUUGCCGAGGCGAAUCCUAACUAGAUUGAUGCUUCGGGAUGAGGAGCAAAGCUUCAGAGGCUACAGGUAUAAGAACUCCGUAAAGAACUUGGUAUGAGGUCAUUAAGAAGCUUGACUGACUUCCUGUGGUAAUCGAGUCAAUGCUGCUCAUCGAAAAUUUCUUGCACUAGCCUGUGCAUUAGGAACAUGGAAUGAUCUAAUACAUAGGGAUACUAGACCUUAAUGCUGUUCGUUGAUUUUCUUACACUUCGAUUAUAUGAUAUGAUGGAACAUCUUGCCCUAGUCAUUGCUCACUUGACUUGCACAGUUGCAUCCCCCCGCCAGGAUUCCAGGAGUCAAGUAUGAAGGCUUUCUUUCUUUGGGUUGAAAACUGUUACAUGAUUGACCUACUCUUUUGUUGCUUGGUAGAUGACUUUUGUGUUAGAAGCCUCAAUCUGCUCGCGUCUGUUAGGACCAGCCAGCACGGUCAAAUACGAGCCACCUUCUACGGCUCACGAGAAGGAACAGCUCGUUGCUAGUCGUACUAACUCGAUUCAUUUCUGGGCAGUCGUGCUUAGACCAUAUAUCUCAAUCGAUGAGCUUCCUUAGGCUAAACUUUCCAGAUUGUAAUCAUAAUGCCAGCACCAAAACCUUACAGGGUCUUAUAAAUAUGCCUACAUUGGGGCAUUCAUGCUAGUGUGAUGGCGAACACCAUAUUGGACCAUCAUCCAAUUAACAUGGCAGAAAUGUGGAAAGGUAACGUAAAGUAGACGGCAACAAAAAAGAAAGAAAACAAGUACAUGAGCUUCUGAGAGUUGAUCAAAAGAACUUUUUUUUGUGUGUGUGCGUUGGCUUGGAGAUCCAUUGAAACCAAUGAGUUCAUGCUUUCGAAUGUUGUGAAGGGUUUUUCGGAGUUUCGGGCUGCUCGUGUUGGCCUCCAACUUACGAUUCGAUGCUAGAACCAGCUCUGUCAAGUUGGUAUCGAGUGAGAUGCUUAUGUGAUAAUUCGUUUGUUUCAACAAUGAUUGGCUCAUGGAGCUGUUGGGGUCUCUUUCCGCGUGACCGCUUCUAAUCGUGGGCUUCUCUGGGCCUGUGUGCAAAGUUUGGUGUGAUUGCUUGAGAUAUGAAUUGAGAAGCUCGCGAAGUAAUUUAGAACAAAUAGUCAUUUCUCCUUCGUCGAGAUGAGAGUUUUUUGUAAAUUUAUCGACGAAGAAUCAACUCUUGACAACAAAUUGCGAUUUCUUGGCUUUUUGAUCGUUAUCUCAUGGAGUUAAUGAGCAGUACGAGCUCUGUCAUGUCGUGUAUUGAGGAGACGUCCACUUUGUCAUCAUCAGUGUACUCUAAGAAAAGAUUGAUUCAUGA